GGAUGUUUCACCGAACAGUACGCGGGAGAUUGGUAGCCGUACACAAGCGGGAAGAGGUAAAUCUACAUUUUAAAGUCCUAAAGGUCUGUUAUUCCGUACUAUUUUCGAUUUUGUACGGCACAAUCUAGGUCGUCCGUACACGACAUAACAAACGUAGUAUUUGUAAAAUACAUUUCUGUCUCGUUAUCGUAAGCUUCAGCAGUGUCGGCUGUAGCCCAAACAUAUUUUCUGAGCAUAGUUGUUCAAUGUAAAUAUAAGCCCGUUUUAGUAAACGAAUACACGACUGUUACGUUUGAAAUUAAGAAAAUGAAGGUGGUAACUUGUGAGAUCGCUUGGCACAACAAAGAGCCAGUCUACAGUCUGGACUUUCAGCACAGCUCCGAUGGACGCACGCACCGACUGGCCACGGCUGGAGUGGACACCACCGUCAGAUUGUGGAGAGUAGACCUGGGUCCGGAUGGAAAAGCUGUUGUGGACUUUCUGUCAAAUUUGUCCAGACACACAAAAGCUGUGAAUGUGGUUCGAUUCAGCCCCACUGGAGAGUUCCUUGCUUCGGGAGGUGAUGAUGCUGCCAUUUUUCUGUGGAAGCUGAAUGACAGUAAGGAGCCCGAGCACACUCCUGUUUUCCAGGAUGAUGAAGAGGCUCAACUCAACAAGGAGAGCUGGUCUGUUAUGAAAACUCUCAGAGGACACAUAGAAGAUGUAUAUGACAUAUGUUGGGCAAGAGAUGGAAACCUGAUGGUUUCUGGGUCUGUGGACAACACUGCUAUCAUGUGGGACAUUAACAAAGGACAAAAGCUCUGCAUUUUAAAUGACCAUAAGAGUUAUGUCCAAGGAGUGGCCUGGGAUCCACUGGGGCAGUAUGUGGCCACACUGAGCUGUGAUAGAGUCAUGCGUGUGUAUAGUACUCACACUAAGAAGAAAGCAUUCUGUAUAAGUAAACUGAGCUCUGGGCCUGUUCCAGAGGGGGAUGCAAAACCUUUCCGAAUGUUCCAUGAUGACAGUAUGAGGUCAUUUUUUCGGCGCCUUUCAUUUUCACCAGAUGGUUCAUUCUUGUUUGCCCCGGCUGGUUGUGUCGAAUCUGGGGAAAGCAUUAUAAAUACCACUUACGUAUUUUCUAGAAAAGGCCUCAAGAGGCCUGUGGCCCACCUGCCAUGCCCAUCAAAGGCUACACUGGCAGUGCGCUGCUGCCCUGUGUACUUUGAAUUGAGGACUAAGAAAGCAGAAGAUGGGUCUGUGGAGACUCUUCCAAAUGUGUUUCAGUUGCCUUAUCGCAUAAUUUUUGCUGUCGCAUCUGAAGACUCCAUCUUUCUUUAUGAUACACAACAGACUCAUCCUUUUGGUUUAGUCUCUAACAUCCACUAUCACACACUCAGUGAUCUAACAUGGUCACGGGACGGAUCCUUCCUGGCUGUGUCUUCUACAGACGGUUACUGCUCCUUUCUGUCCUUUUCUCCUGGCGAGUUGGGAACACCUCUGAAGGAGCCUCCUCUUCUGGAGCUCUUUACUCCCAUCUGUGGAGCUGAGAAGAAAGGGAAGAAAAGUUUAGGGAACAAAACCUUAUCUCCUGGUUCUCAACCAACAGUCCCAGUCCCACCUACUGCUUGUAAAGACUCCUCUGCUCUCCCAUCAGCUUCCACAGCUACACCAGAGGAAAAAAAGACCUCAAGUGCCAAAUCUAAACCUCAACCACGCAGAAUCACCCUUAACACUCUUGAGGGCUGGGGAAAGCCCACUACCCCUAAAGCUACCCCUCCAGCUGUGCCUCAGAGCCCAGUGUCAGGCAGUGCUAGUUCUCCUUCCACUCCUCAGCAAAGCACAGCUCCCCUCACACCCUCCAAUUCCUCUGCAGCUCAGCCACGGGUCAUGCCUCUCACUCCAUCUACCCCCAAAGUUCUCAGCAGUGCCAACACAUCGGGGUGCUCUACUCCAACAGGAAGAACUACCCCGAAGGGGCCAACCCCCAGGCGAGUGUCUCUGACUCCAGUUGCAACUCGUUCACCAGCAGCCAGUUCACUGUUCACAACACCCUCAUCCACAGAGAAGGCUAAACAUGAACGUCCCUCUCCCCCAUUGGAUCCAGUAUGCCAACCUCCAGAGUCCAAAAGAUCGAAGACUGACGGUGACUCUGCAAAGAAGAUGAGUAGCAGCUAGACAACAAUAAGUCUGAAGUGUCAAUGAGAACGACCAUAGACAUUAUCUCUAGAACAGGCACACUUGGCUGCAGGUGGUUACAGUAUUUCUGUAAUGUAGGAUCCCUGUUUUUGUAACUUUUGUCACGCUAUAAUCAUUGUAUCAGCUCCUUUGUGAUUUUGUUUUUGUAACCCCAAUUCUUUGAAUACAAAACGGUGGAUUUUAUUAAAGAAACUAUAAAGAACUAUUGUAUUAAGCUCUGAAUAUGGAUUAAAAUUGGCUGAAAAUGUGAGUAAAAUGUGUUGUGAGUACUUGUGUUUGGGGUGUGUGUUGUAUAGAUUACACGUUUUAAUUUGCAGAAAAUAUAUGGAAUAAAACAUCUUACCAUAUACAACACACACACAGGAACUGAACCAAUAAACAUGUAACUCUUUACACUCUCCU